AAUAAGACUUGUCAAUAUCAGGUGAUUUUUUUAUUGCUUAAAUUAGAAAGAGCCGUGCUCUUUAAAAAGAAGCCAUACAAAGAAUUAUUUUGUUUGUUGAAUAAAUUAUACCACUUAUCUGCAACUAUGAGACUGCUAGCCUGUGAAAAAAAAGCUGUUCCUCUUAGAGCGUCUCCCAGGAUGGUUUCAAAGUGGAACUUCCAGGCCUUUCUAGAGGGUAAAUCCAGUUGGUUGGUUGGGAUUAUGAACAUGUAAAGGAAUUUUUAAUUUACACAGAAUGCAUUUUUGGGGAAUUCAUGAAAAACAUUUAAAAGGUUGAUGGUUCGUUUUGAUUGAAGAAGUAUGGGUAAGCCACUCAGCAGGCCAGACUGUUUAAGGCGGAACCCCACCUGCCUGGGGAAAGGAGAGGAAGAGGAUGGCUAUAUAGAGGAUUGCUAUGUUCCACAGCGGUCUAUAUAUGACACAAUGAGGAUAAAUGAACAGAUUGACCAGGGGUCAAAGCUUAAUCAGACGUCAAAAAGCACCAUGGAAAAGAUGGAAGGAAGUACUAUAUCCAGCAAUGGUACCUUAGGAGCAGCAUCUAAUGUUUUUGAGUCUAGAGCACCAGAAGGCAAAAAGCUAGAUGAGCGAAUAAUAUUUGAUGCACUGAAGCUAAGCAGUGAUGUGCAGAAGUUGGCACCUGUGCCACCCAGAAGGCGACCAAAUGCAGAACGCAAAGACAAUGUUAACAGGAGAUCAUGGAAGUCCUUCAUGCCACCCAAUUUCCCAGAAUUUGCAGAAAGGAUGGAAGCUUCUCUCAGUGAGGUUUCAGAAGCUGGUGCUUCAAAUCCUUCCUUGCAAGAGAAGAAGGAAUCCAGUUCUGCAUUAACAGAAAGUUCUGGCCAUUUGGGCAACAGGGAACCUCAGUUAGAAUCAGUAACUCUGGAACAUGUGUCCAAAUCCAUAGGCAUUCCAGAAGUGCAGGAUGUGAAAAAUGUAAGUGGAGACUGCCAAGACUUCAGAUUUCAGCAGCACAGUGAGAGCUCUCCCCAUGAAUUCCAGCCUCUAGAAUCAGAAGCUGCAGCACCAAGUGGUAACACAGAUCUAAUGCAGGAACACAGAUUCUCAAGUGCAACCUGGCCCAGAGCCAUGAAAAGUUUGGCUAAGGGAGGCUUUAGAGAGAAGCAGCACCCCCUUGGGGACACAGCUUGCACUGUGGAAAUGCCACCUCUCUCCCCUUGCCUGAGUGAAGAGCUGUUGGAUCCAGAGUUGCAUGUUCUCAUAACCCCCAGCCUAAGAGAGAAAACAGAGUCUGAACUAAAGUUUGAGGAAGAUGAGCGAUGGAUUAUGAUGGAGGCUGAGGAGGAGUGGGAGGAGGAGAAACUGUCAGAGAGAGGAAAGACUUUUCUAAUGGCAGAUGAGAAAAAGAACAGCCUGGUGGAUAUUUUUGAAGAAAGAGAACAAGCAAACACUGUAGCAGUGGUAGAGGAUGGGUCCCAUUGCUCGGCUGCUGUUUUGGAGACUUUAGACCACCUAGCUCUUGGUCAUAUUUGUUGCUCUGAAGACCUACAGCCAGCUGAGAACCACGUGGCUUCUGUUCUUGAGGAUACACCUCUUGAUUACAGUUAUAUUCUCACAGGUGAGAGUGCUGUAGGUGAGCUGAAAAACAAAACUGCCCAGGAGCUAGAGGGCCUUGUUUCCAAUUUAGAAUACACUGUUGGUCCUGUCAAUUCGGAGCAGCUCUCUGACACAGAUUCAGUGCAGAUGUUUCUUGAACUUGAAAAAGAAUGUUUAUGUGAAGAAGAAAUAACUCCUCUAGUUGAGCAGGAGAACCAAGCUUCUGAAGGGCUGGCCCCAUCCCAAGAUACAGAAAAUUCACUUGUAAUUAGUAAUUUUCCAGGGGCUGCCUUAGAAGAGGAACAUGUAAGGGUGAAAGGUGAUAAUGCUGGAUUGGAUUGUGAAUAUUUUAAUGCCCUGGAUUCUUCUCAGGUGCCUAAUGCUGUGGAACUUACUGCCCACUUUGAUAUCGUGAGGGACAUUCCCACUGUUAGUGCGGAGUGUGAAAAAGUGCCUUUUAGCCCCGAGACUGCAGGGGAAUUUAAGUUCAGACACCCAGCUGACCUGGAGUCACCGGGAAAGCUGGACCCAGGAGGAUUGCCCAGCUCUGAUUGCAGAGCUUCUCAUGAAGAAAACCUAUCAGCCUGUGAAGCUGAGCUAGCCAAAGAAAACGGCAGUUUGUUCCAGGUAGACUGCAGUCAGAUUGAGGGGAAUGUUGAGAGGUCCCCCCUCAGUUCUGCUUUUAGCUGUGAACUAACAGAUAUUAUCUCAGGAUCUGAAGUAGAGGUGUUAUCAUAUGGUUCACAUUUACUAACAGAUGAGAUUCAUUUGGAAAAUGAGGAAGGAGCUAUUAAUCAAGAAAACAGUCUGACUUCCUUGGGAACUGUGGACCCUUGUGAGUUGUCCAUGGAGAAAGUUUAUGGUGAGGCACAAGAGCUGGGUUAUGAAGCCCAGCUUUUGGAGGACCAAGCCCUAGCACAUUUUCAUAGAGACUUCCCAGAGCAGGUCUUCCAGGAUCUCCAGAGAAAGUCCCUAGAGUCAGAGAUUCAGAGUCUGCACCUGCUGGAUGGAGGACAGAGACAUAGCAGUGAUGGAGAGGGAACUGUGAAUGACCUAAAGCCCAAGCUGAGUGGAGGGGAGACAGAAAUGAGAGAUUCAGAAUCAUUGCUAAAUAUCUUUAUGGGGGAACAAGUUACCAAAGCUAGUAAUACUGAACCAAUUUUGGAGGAAUGGAUACCCAUCCCAGAGAAACCUGCCCCAACUGCUGUAAUGCCCACUGUAGAAGAUGCCCUAGAUGCUGCAGUGCCCACCCCAGAGGGAACUGCUGUAGCUGCUGUCACAGUGCCCUUUCCAGAGGAGGACAUGCCAGUUGCUUCCGUGGUCACCAUUGAGGCAUAUGUCCCAGCUGUUGCAGUGCCAUCCACAGGGGAGGACAUCCCAGAGGGCUCUGUCAUCCCAGCUGCUCCAGAGGAGCCUGAUACUGCAACUGUUAGAGUGCUCACCCCAGAGGAGCCUACAGCCCCAGCUGCUGCAGUGCCCACCCCAGAGGAGCCUACAGCCCCAGCUGCUGCAGUGCCCACCCCAGAGGAGCCUACAGCCCCAGCUGCUGCAGUGCUCACCCCAGAGGAGCCUACAGCCCCAGCUGCUGCAGUGCUCACCCCAGAGGAGCCUACAGCCCCAGCUGCUGCAGUGCCCACCCCAGAGGAGCCUACAGCCCCAGCUGCUGCAGUGCCCACCCCAGAGGAGCCUACAGCCCCAGCUGCUACAAUGCCCACCCCAGAGGAGCCUACUUCUCCAGCUGCUGCAGUGCCCACCCCAGAGGAGCCUACAGCCCCAGCUGCUGCAGUGCCCACCCGAGAGCCUACAGCCCUAGCUGCUGCAGUGCCCACCCCAGAGGAGCCUACUUCUCCAGCUGCUGCAGUGCCCACCCCAGAGGAGCCUACAGACCCAGCUGCUGCAGUGCCCACUCUAGAGGAGCCUACAGCCCCAGCUGCUGCAGUGCCCACCCCAGAGGAGCCUACAGCCCCAGCUGCUGCAGUGCCCACCCCAGAGGAGCCUACAGACCCAGCUGCUGCAGUGCCCACUCUAGAGGAGCCUACAGACCCAGCUGCUGCAGUGGCAACCCCAGAGGAGCCUACAGACCCAGCUGCUGCAGUGCCCACUCCAGAGGAGCCUACAGCCCCAGCUGCUGCAGUGCCCACCCCGGAGGAGCCUACAGACCCAGCUGUUGCAGUGCCCACUCUAGAGGAGCCUGCAGCCCCAGCUGCUGCAGUGCCCACCCCGGAGGAACCUGUCCCCCCAGUUGAUAGUGUGCCCACUCCCAAGGAACCCCUACUCGAGCUGCUUGCAGAGCCUGCUAUGGAGGAAAGUGUUCCCUUGCUGGGUGUUCCCCAUUCCUGGGAAGAUAUUGUUCACACUGAUUCCGUGCCUAUAUCAAAAAGAAAGAACUCCCUUGUUCCUAGGGGGAGUCUUUCCUCCACUGGAAAUGUGGGAUCAAGGGAGAACCUUUGAUUUCUUCCCGCAUUUGGGAUAAAAGAGGUGACUGGCACAGUGCUGCAUGGGAAAGUGCCUCUGGCUACAACUGAUGGAUUAAAUUCAAAUGAGGUAAUUGUUGCUCAUUUUGUUGGGGGAGUCAUGAAGAGAAAGGGGAGAUUUGCCAGUUCUCUGAAUUGGUGGUGA